AUGGUUGUCUAUAGUUUCUUCAUAUUCGACAGGCAUUGUGAAUGCAUCUACAUCAGGCAAUGGCUCAAUAACGUCUCCUCCGCGACACAACCACUCUCCCGUCCUGUAACCGCUUCGUCGGCGGCUACUGUUGCUACAUCUGUCGCCGAAAAGCCAAGUUCGGGUAACAGGCUGAGUAUGGCUGAGCAGGCAAAAUUGGUAUUUGGUGUUAUAUUCUCGUUACGGAAUAUGGUAAAGAAGCUCUGCGGACCCGAAGACUCAUUUCUCUGCUAUCGGACCGGGCAUUAUAAGCUGCACUAUUACGAGACUCUAUCGUCGUUACGGUUCGUCAUGUUGACGGACAUUCGGACGGAAAGUCUAAAGUCGUCGUUACAUCAGAUAUAUGUGAAUUUAUAUGUCGAAUAUGUUGUGAAGAACCCUUUAUCGCCGGUUGAACACGCGGGUGGAGAAGGGGUAAAUAAUGAACUAUUCGAACUGGGGAUUGAUAGCUUUGUGCGAACGAUUGAUUAG